AUCCAGUGUGUUCGAUUAGCUGGUGUAAUUCAAAAUGGCAGCCUAGUGUGGGGGAAAGUAAUGCGGUUAUUAUGUCAACAUGUCACUUUUGAGACUCUGUACCUUUCCAAAGUGUCUGAGUGGUCGCAUACUGUUGGAAAUAAGUGUUCGUCGCGUGCCAUAUGUUGACCAUUGCCUUACAAUCCGGAAUAACAUUGAAAGGCACAUUUCAGAGCCACCAUGGACAUCACAACGAAGACAUUUCUCAGCUCUGAUCCCAAAGAAAGAAGAUGGGAAAAAACGAGUAUGGGAACAAUCUCAGCUGCUGGAUGUGCUCGAAGCCAGGAUCCAGCAACUCCAAUCUGACGUCAUUGUAGAUGUCCAACAUGAAAAGGUGCAAUUUGUUAAAGCUUCCAAGGCAGGGAUAGGGGAUUCUUCAGGGAACAGUCCCAAGAAUGUGUUUGGGGAGAGGCCUGAGGUGCCCAAGGCGGGACAGACUAUUAGUAAGGGAGGGGGACAGACUGGUAAAGGAGAGGGCAAAGAUGCAUCAGCCUCCAAAUCCCGCUGGAUGGAGAAACUGAGCCAGGAGAAGAAGACUAAAACAAAGAAACUGAAGCAGAAGCUAGGCCUAGAGGAUAAACCUGUGAAAAGCAGCAAAGGCAAACUGAUGCUACCAGGUACCUCACAUAAAACCAUAUCGACAAAAGCAGGAAUAAAGACUGCAUCAACUGUUAAAAAGAGUAAAAGUCUGAAAAACCAAGAGCACACCAUGGCAGCUUCAAAGCACAAGCACACUAUGGCAGCUGCACCGGUUGCUGCUGCUAAUGUGCCUAUUAGAAAAGCCAAAGGGAAGGGUAAAGCCUCGAAGGAGCCGGCUCCUGAGUUGUCGGAGGCCAGGAACAGGGCCGAGGAGAUGGAGAGGAAGGCUGAGGCCAAGGCCCGGGAGCUGGCAGAGGUGGAGGAGCUGGAGAGGAAGCUGAACCAGUGGGCUGUGUCAGCCAGACCUGAGCUUGUGCAGGAUAACAGCGAGGCCAGGGUGUACGGCGACGUCCAGCGCAGUGUGCGGUGCUACCUGGAGGCCUGUGUGUUCUGUGGGGACAUCGACAGAGCUCACCGCUUUCUGCUCAGCCACCACCGUAUGGUCAGCCGACGCAACCUGCUCAACAUAGGACUCUACAACAUCAUGAUGAGGGUCUGGGCCAAGAAGGGCUCUUUAAACCAGAUUGGCCGUAUGUUCAUUCUGAUAGAAGAGGCUGGUCUGAAGCCUAACCUUGGCUCUUACUGUGCUGCUCUGGAGUGUAUGGGUCGAAACCCUGACUGUUCCCCACAUCUCAUCAACAGGGUCUUGCGUCAGAUGGAGGAGGAUGGCCUGCCUGUGGACGAGCUGUUCAGUCACUGUGUGUUCAGGCAGGAUGAGAGGGACAUGGUGCUCAGAGCCAUCCACACCGUGCAACCAGACUUCCAGUCCAGCAUCAACACUAUCCUGCAAACCUGCUCCUCACCACUAGUCAAAGACUUCUACACAGAGAGGGCAGAUGCUAAAUACCCCAAGAUGGCCUUCAGCCUGGAGGAGCUGCAGGAGAGGUUCAGCCGUCAGCUGAGCAUCGAGCAGGCCAGCACCAUCACCAUUCACUCUGUGGAGGCCAUGAAGCCUGUCACCUCACACAUGGCCAAGAUGCGGGACCUUCUGGCAGUGCAGCGGUUAGUGUGGCACAAAGCCCUGGUUGGGGCCCUGAGGGAGGGCAAGAUAAUCUUGGCCAGCAGCACCCAGAAAGCCGUCAGACUCAGCCUCUACCCCUACCUCUGUCUGCUGGAUGAAAAGGACUAUGUAGACAUCAUGAUCCAGAGUCUGUCCAACCUGCCUCCCAGUGGGGAGUCUCUCCACAUCCUGGCCAAGGAGCUAGGCAACCGGGUUCACAACAUGUUCUGCAUCCGCAUGAAGGGACACAAUCAGAUGGUGGACAAGCUUAGUCAUAUCUACAAUGAAUAUACUGAGCUACUGGCCAAAGACUCUAAGGAGUUUGACGUAUUGCCUAGGGAGCGAUGGUGGAAGCUGGAGGCGGAGCAUAGCUCUGGUCCCUCCCUGCUGGGGGACGAGACCCACUGGCCUCACAUGGUGGUGGUGGAGCUGGGUACCUACCUGGUGGACCUCAUGGUCAAGCACAUGAAAGUGAACAGCGACCUCCUCAACUCUGCCUACGACCGAAAGCUCAUCCCUGUGCUCUACCACAUGUACACCUUCCGCAGUAACAAACAGGUCGGCUUCAUCAAGCCGCACCCCAUCCUGACGCAGAUGCAGCAGGAUGCCAUGGACACCACGCUGACCUUUGACUCCUACGUGAUGCCCAUGCUGUGCCCGCCCGUGCCCUGGACCUCGGCUAAAUUCGGUGCUUACCUCCUCACCCCCACCAAAAUGAUGCGCGCGGUGGAAGGCGCCAACCAGCAUGAGAUCCUGCUGGAGAAGUGCCAGGAUGCUGACCUCCAUGCCGUGCUGGACUCCCUCAACCAGCUGGGCAAUGCAGCCUGGAGGAUCAACCAGCCCCUGCUGGACAUCAUCAUCUCCAUCUUCAAUGACAAGGGUAGCGAGAAGCUGGACGUUCCGCCGCCCAACUCUGAGGCUCCUAAGAUUCCCCGCUACAACCAGCAGGACUCAGCCACCUUCACCUCAGCCGAGAAGGCCCACCUGAAGAGGGAGGUGGUUAAUGCUAAGAAGAAGUGCAGUGAGAUGCACAGCCUCAGGAUGGACGCCCUCUAUAAACUCUCCAUCGCCAACCACAUGAGGGACGAGGUCUUCUGGUUCCCCCACAACAUGGACUUCCGCGGGCGCACCUACCCAUGCCCACCCUACUUCAACCACCUAGGCAGCGAUGUGACCAGGGCUGUCCUGGUGUUUGCGGAGGGGAAGCCCUUAGGGCCGGGCGGGCUGGAAUGGCUGAAGAUCCACCUGGUCAACCUGACAGGCUUGAAGAAACGCAGCUCGCUGGCAGGCAGGUUGGAGUACGCCAACUCCAUCAUGGAUGACAUCCUGGACUCUGCAGACAACCCCCUCAUCGGUAAGAAGUGGUGGCAGAAUGCAGAUGAACCCUGGCAAACCCUGGCCUGCUGUAUGGAGAUAGCCAACGCCGUCAGGUCACCUGACCCCACACACUUCAUCUCCCACUUUCCUGUACAUCAGGAUGGCUCGUGUAACGGCCUGCAGCACUAUGCAGCCCUGGGUCGAGACGUGAUUGGUGCCACCUCUGUGAACCUCAUUCCCUGUGAGGUGCCCCAGGAUGUCUACAGCGGGGUGGCACAGCAGGUGGAGGAGUUCCGUGUGCGGGAUGCUGAGAAGGGUCUGAAGAUCGCCCAGGUGCUGGAGGGCUUCAUCAGCAGGAAGGUGGUGAAGCAGACGGUGAUGACGGUGGUGUACGGGGUGACGCGCUACGGAGGACGCCUCCAGAUAGAGAAGAGGCUCAAGGAGAUUGAUGACUUCCCCAAGGAGUAUGUAUGGGAUGCCUCUCACUACCUGGUCCACCAGGUGUUCAGCAGUCUGAAGGAGAUGUUCACCGGCACUAGAGAGAUCCAGGACUGGCUGACGGAGAGCGCCAGGCUCAUCUCUAAGUCGGGCAGCACGGUAGAGUGGGUGACACCCCUGGGCCUUCCCAUCAUCCAGCCCUACCACCGCAGCCGGACACAGAUGCUGAAGGCCACCAUCCAGUACCUGAGUUUCCAGAUCACCCACGACUCUAAAGAGAGACCAGACACUGUGAAACAGAAGAAUGCCUUCCCUCCUAACUUCAUCCACUCUCUGGACUCCACACACAUGAUGCUGACUGCUCUCUACUGCUACAGCGCCGGCCUGACGUUCGUCUCCGUACACGACUGCUUCUGGACCCACGCCAUCACAGUCGACACCAUGAACAAGGUUUGCCGGGAGCAGUUUGUGGCACUGCACAGCCAGCCCAUCCUUCAAGAGCUGUCCAACUUCCUACUGAAGAAAUACUGUUCUGGGCUACAGAGCGAGGUCAAAAGCAAAAAGUUUCUGGAGUACCAGAGAAUGCUGCUGCUGCUGGCCAAAGUGCCCCAAACAGGCAACUUUGAUCUCCAGCGGGUAAAGGAAUCCACUUACUUCUUCAGCUGAGAGGAACAGGCAGACAGGAAGCAGAAGCCAAUGGAGGGAGAUGAGUGGGAUUGACAGGCUGUGAGGCUGAACACUGGGAGGGCUGCGUGGGGCCUGGGAGGCUGGGAGGUCUUGUCUCCCUCAGACAUCGGCUGAUUGAUCCACAGCCCGCUGGGCGAAGCCAAGGCCUUCGGAAGCAGCUCAAUCACUCAUAAUGACCCAGACAGACAGCUAGCCACAGACCAUUGUGGGAGGAGAGGAGGAGAGGCCAGCUCUGGAGAGGAGAGGAGAGCAACUCCCCCACCCUGGACUGAAGAUCUCAACAGAGCUCAAUUAUGACCCAUGCUAUGACUUUCACUCUCCUAUUACUGUAGUGUGUGGGUGGUUGUGAGAGAACGUUUCCGUGUGUCAAUGUGUGCGAAUGACAUUUCUUGAUGAGAAUGUGAACGUUGCUUUAUACUGUAUUACGCUCGUGUUCCUCACACCUGUGUGUCCUCCCCUUAUCAGGUAUACCCCCAUUACAUAAAGAGCCAGAGACACUAAGCGAGACUUCUGAGUGAGCGUUGAUCAACGGUGUAGCCCAGUGUGGUCAGUCUGUGCCCUCCAUCCCCCCUCCUUCUCUGGGCAGAGUCGGUCGGCUCUCUCCCUCCGGCUAACACCUGGGUCAUUAAAGCACAUGAUCCUGCCUUUCAUCGAUUCAGAGGCACUCAGGAAGAGAUGCCCACUCUCACAUUUCGAGCGAUACUUCAUUUACAUCACAAGUUUCCAAUAGAGACAGUUACUCUCACUUACAGAGAGAGGGAAGAAGAUAGAAAUAAUGGAUUGGAAUGAGGGAGAAAUCUGUGACUUUGUGUUCUUAUUUUCACCUUUUGGAGUAAUUAAGCAAUAGAUUUUUUUUUAAAUAAACAUGUAUUUCUUAAAGCAUCUCUUGUUCAUUUGAUGAUAAGAGUUUUGAUUGGAUUAUGUGUUUACAGACAUGGGGAUUUAUUGCAUUAUAUCUGUACCCUUUAAUUGUAUCGAGCGUCAUUAGAUGGUCCACAAAGGGUUUGAAGAAUUGCUAAUCAACAAAGAUCAUAUUUUUCUGGGCCAGUGCCCACAUCUAGAGGUAAAACAAAAAAGCAGGAAUGGUAUCUGAUCUGGGCUUCAAACGCAACAGCAGUUUCAGACAAAAGGUGUUGAGUCGAUGUUCAAAUGCAAAUGUAGCCUAGACCCAAACAGAACUGGCUGUGAGAGGGAGGACGUCAUGAAAUAUGGAUGAUCCUGCUGUUUAAAAAAAAAAAAAAAAGCCACAUUCUUUUUUUCUGCUUUUCCAGUCUGUGUAACUGGUCAUUUGUUUGCCAUGAAUCUGGCACAGUUACAAUUGUAUGUAGCAUUGAUUAAUUCUUUUGGUGUUGCAGUUGAAACAGAAUACUUCGGCGACACUACUUAAACUAAACCAUUUCAUAAAUAUAGUAUUACUGAACAAUUCGCAUGCCAUCUGUCUCGUGCCAUCUGUUUACCAACUCCUCAUAAUGUUCACAAGUGAUUACAAAGAAGUAAUAUUUGCUCUUUAGGCAUGGAUACGUCCUCUUAUUCUGAGCAAAGCCCUCUAUCAUUAACUCAAGAGCCUUGUUUGCAAUCACCUCAGAGCCAUCUGUAUUAAUUCCACACUUCGACUUGGUUCAUUUUCAGAUUUCAAUUGAACAGACUGUUUUUUUUACUCGGCCAUCCCCACUAUGCCUCUUGCUGUGUUAUAAGCCUGUUGAUUGUGAGAGGUCCUCUGUUACCGUUGUGUAAUUUCAAUGACGAAGCAAAUCAAGUCGGGGUCCUCAAAUGGUCUAAAAAGCACUCCCUGCAUGUCUUAGCUCUCUCUUCUCCCCGUCACCCCUUUCACAACUUGGCCACUGACGCAGAGCACAGAGCCCUGUCUGCUAAAUCUGAGCAGAGAACUAAGAAGUGAUUGGUGAAAGGGUUUAAUCUGUCAGACAAACAGACAGAAAAAGGCUCUGUACAUGUCUGGGCUGAUGGAACAUGGCUGCUAGGCAUGGCUACAUGGAGUUUCAAUAAUGAUCUGUGGCUGAGGUAUAGAUCUGUUGUUCUGAUGCAUUAUGGCAGAUUCUCUCUUUCUCUAUCGGAGGACACCUUACAGACCAGACUAAGGUUGAAUAUUUUACCGGUAUUUUACAAGUGUUCCAUCCCGAGAAUAAAUCACUGUUCACCAGGGUAACCGGAAGCAUGAUUCAAAAGCAUAUAAAUAGGCCUAUGUCUGGAUUUGAUUAGAGAUUUGAUCUAAAAUUCAAGCCUGAUGCUACCUGAGCCUGAUGAGCCAUACUUUAAAUGGGAUCUGCCCCCUUUUUUCAAUUUUCGGCUAAAAUGACAUACCCAAAUCUAACUGCCUGUAGCUCAGGACCUGAAGCAGGGAUAUGCAUAUUCUUGAUACCAUUUGAAAGGAAGCACUUUAACAUUUGUGGAAAUUUGAAAUAAAUGUAGGAGAAUAUAACACAUUAGAUCUGGUAAAAUAUAAUAAAAAGAAAAAAACAUGAGUUUGUUUAAACCUCUAAAAACCUCUUAAGGAUUCCGUAAGAUCAGAGUCCCUAUACUGGGACGGUUGUUGCUAACGUGCGCUAAUGUGACAAGAAUGACGUUGUAAUAACAGCAAACCUUUCAGGACAUAGAUGAUUCCAUAUGUGUUAUUUCAUAGUUUUGGUGUCUUCACUAUUAUUCUACAAUGUGGGAAAUAGUAAGAAGAAAGAAAAACCUUUGAAUAAGUAGGUGUGGCCAAACUUUUGACUGGUACUGUAUAUACUUUUUCCAAUACUAUAUUUCCCCUAAUGUUAUAGCCUACCUCCUCUUUCUCUCUAUUGCUUCAUUCCUUCCUAGCUUUCAACAAUUAAAUGAAAUACGUUUUGUUGUCCUUAUCUUCAUCAUUCUAAUGACAUGCUUGCAUAAUAUAGGACUAGAAAUAGGUGCAGACGGCUUUCACUUCUCUUCACGAAGAUUGAAUGGUUAUGAGUCUGAAUAAAUAACUGCUAUAGCCUAC